AAAAGCCCUACUAGGGCCAAAUCAUAUAACUAUUUGGGAUCGUGGGCUUGGAAGAUUCUCGUAGCAGAGUGAAAUAGAACAGAACUCGGGAUGGCAGUUACAAGAAAGAACGAAGCAAACAUCUUAAUGAGAUUAACCCGCUCUCUGCCCCUCCCAUGGCUUCUCUUCUUCCUCCUCCUCCAAACCCUAGUCUUUUCUCAACCAACAACACAAACCUGCUCCCACUUCUGCGGCGACGUCAAAAUCCCUUACCCUUUCGGCCUCAGCCCCAACUGUUCCCUCCCCGGCUUCCAACUCUCCUGCAACCUCCGCCAACCACCUCUCCCUCCUAUCCUCUCCCUCCCCGGCACUAAACUUCGCAUCCUCGACAUCUCCAAUGGCGAACUCCGCAUAGAUUCCUCCCGUUUCAUUGCCUCCCACUGCGCUGGCGGCCAGAGCACCCUCCCUCAUCUCACUCUCCCUCGAACCAGCCCAUUCACCUUUUCAGGCUCCUCGAACCGCUUCAUCGCCAUCGGCUGCGACACCGUCGCCGUCAUCUCGGACGGUGAUGGCACAUUCACCAGCGGCUGUGUGUCGCUCUGCGCCGGCCCUGAGAGCAUUGUCGGUGCCACAGCAGCAGGGGAGUGCUCAGGCGUCGGAUGCUGUGAGGCUGCGGUUCCCUAUGGGAGAAGGCAUCUCAGCCUUGCAGCAAGAAGUAUUUUUGGCUACGUCAAUGUCUCGCCUUUUUCGAACUGCAGUUAUUCCUUCCUGUCGGAAAACGGAGGGCACCAGUUUAAGGUGGAGGAUUUAAGGGAUUUCAACAGUAGAGCGAGCAUAUCUACGAGGCUGGACUGGGCGGUUGGGGAAGGUGAUGGGUGCUCGAGCGCUUACCUAUGCGGGGAAAAUGGCUACUGCGUGCCUUCGCCGAGAGGAAGCGGGUAUCUCUGUAAUUGUUUACAGGGGUUUAAGGGGAACCCAUACCUAAAUGGUUCCUAUGGCUGCCAAGAUGUUAAUGAAUGCCUCAACACUGAUACUAGCCCAUGCGUACCCGAAGCUCGAUGCCAGAAUUUGGUCUCUGGGUACAAAUGUUCUUGCCCGUUUGGUAGAACUGGCGAUGGAACGAAGAAUCGCUCCGGUUGCAGAAAUAUUUUUCCGAUUGUAGAAGCCAUUCUAGGAACGGCUCUGGUGAUUGGAGUGAUACUUGUUUUUGGGCUCUGGAUCUACUUUGCAUCAAAGCAGAGAUCCCUCAUCAAACUAAGGGAACAAUACUUCAGACAGAAUGGUGGACUUUUGCUGAAACAUCAAAUCUCCACCCGAGAAGGAUUUGCUGACAACACCAGAAUCUUCUCAUCGGAAGAGCUACAGCGAGCCACCGCAGGUUACAGUGAUAACCGAAUCAUCGGCACUGGUAGCAACGGCACAGUCUAUAAGGGCAUCCUCGAUGACCAAGUGACGGUCUCCGUAAUGAAGUCCCGAGCACUGGAGCGCUCCCAGAUCGAUCAGUUCAUCAACGAGGUCUUCAUCCUCUCACAUAUCAACCACAGAAACGUUGUAAGGCUCCUCGGCUGCUGCCUUGAAACUAAAGUUCCAAUGCUCAUCUUCGAGUUCGUAGCCAAUGGAACUCUGUACAAGCAACUGCAUGAAAGGGACUAUGGUAGACGGCUGCAAUGGAAGGAUAGAGUGAGGAUUGCUAUUGAGACAGCAGAAGCGCUUGCUUACCUGCACUCGGUCGCAUCCAUGUCAAUCUUCCACCGAGAUAUUAACUCGUCGAAUAUUUUGUUGGAUGAUAACUUCACUGCAAAGAUCUCAGAUUUCGGUAUCUCAACAAUGGUUCCUAUGGACCACACAAAGGUGCCUAUUUUGGUGCGGGGGACGUUUGGAUAUUUGGAUCCCGACUACUUUCAGACGAGCCAGUUGACUGCGAAGAGCGGCGUAUACAGCUUUGGUGUUGUGCUAGUUGAGCUUCUGACGGGUGAAAAGCCGGUUUCGUUUGAGAGAUCGAAGGAAGAUAGCAAUCUGGCAAUGUACUUUUUGUCUUCUCUCAACUGCAAGGAUCUUUGGGAAUUCAUUGACGUGGAAGUGAUGAGAGAAGGGAACUUCGAGCAGGUGAGCGCGGUUGCAGAGCUUGCAAGGAAGUGCUUGCUGUUGAGAGGGGAGAAGCAGCCGACCACAAAGGAAGUGGCUCAGGAGCUUGCUCUUGUAGCUGGGUGUUGGAAGAAUGAGGGUAAUGGUGAAAUUGAGGAAGAAAAAGUAGCGAGAUAGGAAGUUUGAUUGGUAAUGAAGCAAAUAGGAAUAUGCUAGAUUUGCCGAACUGUUAAGUCAUGCUGAAGAAACUGUAUUAACAUUGCUAUGCUUUGGAAGUAACGUACAUACCUAUUCUUAUGUAAAAGAGGUGUAUGUAGAGAGUUAUAAAAGGUGAUGUACUAUGCGUGCAGUAAAAGUGUUUGUUUUACGAGCUU